AUGCAGAGCCGGUGGGAGGCUGCCGAGCGCUCGCGAAGCCGGCGGCUCCGCCGUGUCCGCCCGCGGCUCCCCUCACUCCCUCGAGGAAGGUCUGUGUUGGAAGAGGCCUUGGACCAGCCUGACAACUAUGAGUACUACGAUGAGUACACAGAGCCAGAAGGGGAGCCCCUCCAGAGUGAAUAUGCGAAGGAUCCCGACUGGUUUGAGGAAAUGUUUGGCUACAGUAGUGCUAGAAAAGAUCCCUGUUCCUCCAAUCCCUGCAAGAAUGAUGGCUGGUGUGAAAAAAAAGGAAGUCAUUUCAGCUGCCACUGCCCCCAGCCAUACACCGGCACCACGUGUGAGAAAGUGAAAGACACGUGUCUGGAGAAGAGGUGCGUCAGAGGAGACUGCCUCAUUACCUUAACCUCACCUUACUUCCAGUGCAGCUGCAGCCACCCCUACAAAUUGCCUGACUGCCGCCGAGCAUCUUCACCAUGCAGGCCAAAUCCAUGUAAAAAUGGAGGUAUCUGUAUACGGCACAGAAUCAGAUCAAAAUUCAGCUGUGAAUGUCCUGAACCAUUUAGAGGGAGAACCUGUGAAAUUGGACUGGAUGAUUGCUAUGAAGAGGGCUCCCUCCAGUACAGGGGAAAAGUGAACCAAGCAGUGAAUGGAAAGACUUGCCUGCACUGGAAUUCCCACAUUCUCUUGGACUACCCCAUUAAUGCAUUUAUGAAGGAUGCUGACUCUUAUGGCAUUGGUGAACAUAACUUCUGCAGGAAUCCCGAUGGCGAUGAAAAACCCUGGUGCUACAUCAAAAACAAUAACAAAGUGGAUUGGGACUUCUGUGACGUUUCACCCUGCUCAGGAACAGCUGAAGAGAUCCCAGAAGAAACAGAGAGCCCAACUGACCCACCUGUGUCAAAUGAAGAAUUCAAAACAUGUGGACAAGUAGAAAGUCAAAGGCCACUCAAGAGGAUCUAUGGUGGAGCCAAGACUAAAGCUGGCAAACACCCAUGGAUGGUAUCUCUACAGAAAAAGACUUCCAGGAGGGGCAGGCAUUUCUGUGGUGGAGUGCUAAUUAAACCAUGCUGGGUUCUUACUGCUGGACAUUGCAUUGAAUUCUCAGCAGAACAUCUCCAAGUGGCCCUUGGAAAGCAAGACCUCAAGAAGAGAGAGCCUCAAGAGCAAAUAUUUGAUGUGGAGAAGACCAUUGUACAUUACAAAUACAAAGAAACAGACGGUGUCCAAUACAAUGAUAUUGCACUCCUGAAGCUGAAGCCAAUUGAUGGUCACUGUGCUGUGGAAACGAAGUAUGUGAAAACAGCGUGUUUGCCUAACUUUGACUUUCCUGAUGGCACUGACUGCUUCAUUUCAGGAUGGGGUGCCACAGAGACAGAUGAAGAAUCCCAUCAGCUGCUAGAUGCCAAUGUCAAGUUGAUUUCGCAGAGGCAGUGCAACGCGCCAAGAGCAUACGAUCACAUCCUGGAUGAAAGCAUGUUCUGCGCAGGGAAUCUUCAGAGGUCUGGAAUUGAUUCCUGUCAGGGAGAUUCUGGAGGCCCACUAACUUGUGUAGAAAAUGGUUCCUACUAUGUGUACGGCCUUGUGAGCUGGGGAGAUGAGUGUGGUUUGAAAAACAAGCCAGGAGUCUAUACUCAGGUGACAAGAUUUCUCAGUUGGGUUAAAUCCAGAAUUCGGUCCGAGUCAAGGUCGCUUCAUUAGGAGACUGCCUUUGGAACAGCAAAUGAAUUUCUGAAGCAUCAGGGUUCACUGUAACUUGCUGACAUCCAUCUGUCUCCGACUGGUUCUGUAAUAUUAAACCCAACCAAAUUGUGAGGACAGCCAGUGGAUAGGAGGUUUUAAUUGCUUUAUUAUUCUGUAAAAAUAUUUAUAAAUUAAAA